GCAACAGAUCUACGAUAUCAAAAAAUCGCCGGCCUACGAGCAGUACGAGCGCUGUGUAUCCGGUCACAGAUUUUCCAGUUCACUCUGAUGACGCGUUCGGGUCAAACCGUAAGCAUUACGUGGACGAAGAGGCAGACGAGCGGGUCUGUUUUAUAAGACCGCGCGUGUGCACUACACAGGUUCGUCUGGUGUAGUUCGCGAGGAGACGAAAAUAUAGCGACGACCGUGGGUUUUGUCCGUCGGGAUAAGUCCGUGACGAGUACGACGGAUCCAUCGAACUGUGUGUGACCUUUCGUUGGUGUCUGUCAUGUGUGACAACACUAUCGAUCCCAUACCUACACAAAAAAAAAAAUUCGAACUAGUUAGUUCAGCUGUUCCACUUGAAAUUUGAUAUAUACAAAGUCAAUGAUAAAUAAUGUUUGAUGAAUUUAAAGCUUUUUAAUUCCAGGUGUUCUAAUAUUUAGAGUACUACAACUAUAGAAAAUUAAUAUUUAUCUGCCACGAUAAUGGAUACUGGACGGUCACAGCAACCAGAUAAAAAGCAGCUGUUGCAACAACAACAACUUUUGUUGCAAAAACAAUUACAACAGCAACUCCAACAGCAGCAGUUAUUAAAACAUCAACAACAGCAGCAACAACAGCUAAAUCUCCAACAGCAGCAAUUUAAGCAACAACAGCAACAGCUCUUACAAACACAAUCAAAUACUCAGCAACAGCAGCAAUUAUUACAAACACAACCACACUAUUCGCAGCAGCAGUUAUCCCCAAACCAACAACAGCUACUGAUACGGAAUCAGGAUUUUCUGAAACAACGGGGUAUGCAGCAAGGUAAUUUGAACCAGCAGCAGCUUCUUGAACAUAAGAAAAAUCAAGAUCAAACCGUUAUAGAUCUCAUAGAAAUCCACGAUAACAAUGAAAACGAAGACAAAAAUCAAGAAGACCGUCUUACUGUACAACGGCAGCAAGUUAUCCAACAACAGCAACAGUCAAGUUUACAACGACAACAGCAGCUACAGCAGCUACAAACUCAAUUGGCUCAACAGUCUCAACUUAGUCACCAACCACAUCAACAGCAUCCGCAGUUUUUACAACAAUCGCAGCAACAGUUUCAGAAUAUGCAGCAACUACAAAAUUCGCAACAACUACAGUCUGUACAGCAAUCUCAACUGAUAACACAAUCACAGAUUGCACCAAAAACUCAAGCUGAACGUCAGCCUCAAGUUGUAAGACAACCACAGGCUGUACAAAAAUCAAAUUCAUUACAACAACCACAGGUUAUACAGCAACAGAAUAAUCAAUAUUCUCCAGUGUCUACACAACAACAGCCUAAAAAACAGCCUCCUCCUCAUACUCAACAACUACUUCAACAGCAGUUACAACAAUUACUAUUAAAGAAUAAAAGUUAUCCACAACGUAUUGUCGUUUUGGGAAAUCAACAACAGCAACAGCAGUUGUCACCACAGCAAUCACAGCGCAUAGUUACUAACAACAGCACUGGUCAACAAACACAACAGAUGCAAUGUGUCGUGGUAACAAACACUGGCCAACAACCUCAACAGAUACAACGUGUGGUCGUUACAGGAGCUGGUCAACAACAACAGCAACAGCAAAUUCAACGUAUUGUGGUGGGAAGCAACAGCCAACAACAGCCACAAGUGCAACGUGUCGUUGUUCCCACCACUGUACAACAUCAACAAAUACAGCGUGUUGUUGUUACAAGCACUGGUCAGCAAAUACAACAACAACAAUUACAACACGUUGUCAUUCCAAACACAAGUCAACAACAGUCACACCAGGUGCAAAAUGUUAGCCAAACAUGUAUCCAACAACAGGUUCAACGUGUCAUUAAUUCUACCUCAGGUCAACAACAACAGCAACUUUCGCAACAAAAUCAACCAGUGCCACAACGUAUUGUUAUAGGUCAACUAAAACCAUCGCAGCAAACACAGCAAAUGCAAUCGUCAUCACAAAGUGGAGUAGUUAUUAAUCAGCAGAUGAUGCAACGGCAACAGCAGCAACGUGUUGUCAUCGCUGGUCAACAACAAAUUUUAAAAUUAACAAAUCAGCAACAAUCUCCACAGCAAAUUACACUUCAAAAACAGUUGACACAUAAAUUAUUGCAACCUUCACAACAACAACAACAACAACAACAACAACAACAAGAUGUAGUAAAAACCCAAUUACAACAACUAGACGUAGUAAAAAAACAAAAUCAACAACAAGAUUUAGUAAAAAAACAACAGCAACAACUGGACGUAGUAAAAAACCAACAUCAGCAAGAUUUAAUAAAAAAACAACAGCAACAAUUAAACGUAGUAAAAAAUCAAAACCAACAACUAGAUUUAGUAAAAAAACAACAGCAUCAACAAGAUGAAGUAAAAAAACAACUGCAACAACAAGAUUUAAUAAAAAAACAACAGCAACAUCAAGACGUAGUAAUAAAACAACUGCCACAAAUACCAAGUCAACAAUUAUUGAAAAGUGCUUCUGUGCCUUUAACACAGCAACAGAAAAAUAACCUUAAGUUAUCUAAUGAAAAUUUGGCAAAAGAGCUACAUAUAAAACAAUCCCAUCAACAAUUACAGCAAUUACACGUACAACCAUCUCAAAAACACUCGCAGGAACAAAUAAAUAAGCAACUACAACAACAAAAACUUAAACAGAAGAAAGAAAUAGAUCAGUUACAGCAUCAAUUGAAACAAACCCAACGUAGUGGUGUAAUAAUAGGACAACUGCAACAACCCGCAAAACCAGAACCAGAAAAGUUGAAAAAGCAACUUGAAAUACAGCAACAACAGCGACAAAAACUACAAGAACGCCUUUUAUUGCAACAACGGCAACAGCAACAAAAAAAGCUCAAAGACCAACAACUGCAACAAAAGCACCAACAACAGCUACGUGAACAGGUUUUAAUGCAGCAACAUCUAAAGCAACAGCAACAACAACAAUUACAGCAAAAAUUAUUACUCAAACAACAGGCGUCUUCAGAGAACCGUUUAUCAUUAGUUGUUAAUGGAAACCAAGAUUCAGAAAAAAGUAUCAACUGUUAUAAAAAGUCACCUGAGCCAGAAUCUUUGCGGUGUAUAGAAAAAGUUACUGCUACUGAAAAACAAUUCCAAAAUGGCGUAAAACGAAAGAAUAUUGAAAAUAUACCAGUUAGCGAAAAAGAGUUAUUAUUAUUAUCAUCGUCGGAUGAAGAUGAUGACGACGAAACCGUUCAUAAACAACGAAAUUUGCUACGUGAAGCUGAACGUCUCGUUCAGGAACGGUACGAUGCAUUGACGGUUGUUUUAGGAGCAGAGUACCAGGCGCAGUAUGAUGAAAUUUUAAGAAACUGGCUAGCUAGUCGGUUAUCACGCGAAGAGUUUGACCAUGAGAUUCGUAAGGUGAUGUACGUUUCAUGGGUAGUUAGGAUGAAAAAAAGGGAUGGUGAUAAAAAUAGCAAAAAUGCAUCUUUUAAAACCAACAAUACUUCAAGUUUGAAAAAAACAGCUAAAAAAGGUGCGGUAACAAACUCGUCAAAAGUGAAAGAAGACAUCACCUCUUUAAUUAAUACAACAGGGCAAAAAUCGCCAACAUUAAAUAAAGUGGCAGAAGAAAACAAAGAAUUAGAUAUUAAUAUUGAAAGUAAGGAGGCUAAGAUCAUCUUAGCGGAAAGAGUACCGCUGCAUAAUGCAUUAAUCACCAGUUUAAUAAUGUGGUUACCACUUAAUUGUCAGUGGUUACAACAGCGUAAGGCACGUGUCCUAGGUAUUUCCGAAACUGGGUCCCCAUUAAGAUUGUAUACUUAUGCAGAUGUGCCACAAGUGCGUGGAUCAAGUGAUCACUGGUACCCCGAUCUACCUGGCAGCUUAGCCCGUUGGUAUUGGCCAAAUCAUUUAUCAUGCAAUUCUUCAUUAAUAGAAAAUAAUGAAAAAUCGUUUCAAGAACAGGAAAGAAAGGAAGCUGCAGAUGCUCUAGAUACGGCAAUUUUAUUGAAGCCACCAUCGUGUGUAUUGCUCCCGUUACUAAUGGAGGUAGCUGAAAACACAGAAAUAGUGCGAAGAGCAAGACAAAAACAGUACCAGAAGAGGUGUCCAAAGAAACAAAACGUUAAAGUUAUUAAAAGAUUACAAUGGCAACGGUUACAAGAACAAAAACGGUUAGCUACUAUGAUUCGAUUACGGGAUGGAUGUUCAAAACUGUUGCGUGAACUUAAAAAACGUCUUCGAUAUCUUGCCAAUCAAGAAAGCCGACUUAUUGAACGACUGCGUCGGCUCCAAAUUCGUAUGUCACGACGACGGCGUCAAGUGUUGGCACAAUUCAAAAUUAGAGAGCAGGACCUAAAAUCUCGGGUACGGAAGUUUUUUGGUAAGUCACGCUUAGAACAGCCAAAAAUUGAUUCCCAAGAACUUCCAUAUUCAGAUAGUUCAACUAAUGAAGAAAAUAAUACUGAUGAUGAUGAAAAGGAUGAAGUGUCUCAAGAAAAUAUUCUUAAACAAUAUAGGAAAAAAGUUCAUUUAUCGAAGAAAAAUUAUGGCGGCAAAAAACAGUUAAAAAUAUCAGUUGCCGAUUAUCAAUCUAAACCCAAUGUUCAAACUAAGCGUCCACAACCGACGGCUUUGACGAUACGAUUAUUGCGUGACCGACAACAAUUCUUGGCAACCACUCGUUUGUUACAGGUAACAAAGCAGGAACGCUUACAAAUUAGUAGUAAUGCUGAUUAUGUCCGAGAGGUCAGAAAUAAAAACUGUCCGUGUGGACAGUUAGAUAACAGACCAUGUCAAUACCGAAGACAGAUCCGUCGUUUACGAAAACAAUUUAGAGUCCAUGAAUUAGCUGUAAUCAAGAAAAAAAUAGAUAGAGAACUAAUAAAAAAAGCAUCUGAAAAAGAAAAGGUAGAUUCCAAAGGACUUCAAAAAAAACCAUCUUUAGAAAUCGAAAAGAAAAAGGCUGAAACUCAAAACAAAAGAGGCGUGAAAAAAUCAACCAACAAAACAAAACCGUUAGUAACCAAGAAAAAUUUUAAUGUAGAAGCAGACCAAAAAAAAAUUAUAACUGCCAAAAGUAAAAUUAUAGAUAACAGAUCUACGAAAACCAAUACAACUUCUAAUAAUAGUAUUUCAAACAAAACCGCAUCAUUAGUUACCUCCAACGUGAUAAAUGUAGAGAUCAAAGAACGACAAACCUCGGACAAUUUAGAUCACGUAAACAAAGAAAAACAUAAUAUAGGAAUGAACUGUGAAAAAUUUGUAACACAAACUCCAAUCGAUAGUUUGAGGGAUACUAGAAAUUGGAUAAGACCUCCGCUUUCAAAAGAUAAAAGAAGUGUGGUAAAUGUUGCUGAUGCUGCUGCACGUGCAGCCCAAGCGGCAUUAGCUGCAUCAAAGAAAACUCAGCUUCGAAAAACUAGAGCGGCAGCAGCUGCUGCUGCUGCUGCCGCUACUGCCGCUACUGCCACCAUUUCAGCGACUGUAACUUCUGGUACAGUUGACGACGAUCGGCGAGCAAGUGAACUUAUGCCACCACCACCGCCGCCGCCGAUUAUAUCACCGACUCAUCCAAAAACUGCUUCUACUCCAAGAAAUCCUACAAUCGGGGCUCGAUACUUGCAACAACAGAAGUUUUUAUUGGAUCGACACAGACAGUUAGAACGUAUUCGACGUGAUGAAGAAGAACGACGGCAACGAGCUCAAAAUGAACAUCAGCAACAAAAGCAGGAGUGUUCCGAUAAGGAAGAGGAAGAGACAAACGUGAAAACAGAUGACUUUUCAUCACAAUUCGCUUCCCAACGAAUGCGAUCUAAGCGACAAAAAGUUCCAGUAGAUACCAUACGUCAGGACAUUAAUCAAGACUCUUCUAAUAACGAAGAGCAAGAAAAAUUUGACAACUCAAAUUUUAGGAAAUCUAAAAAUGAAGAAGAAAGACGGCAAAUGAACGAUUAUUACUUUUAUUAUGGUGGUGAUGAUUAUUAUUCCUCGGACGAAGAAUCUUCUGAAUCAUCGUUUACUGAACCUCCAUUUCCUCCGCUUUUGCAUGACCUUCGGAUAGACCAGUUGCCACGGCCUAUGAAUCGGAUGCCAGCGGCGGCUGUUCUCCCUCCUGGCGUUCGAACUCGGUUGCAGCCAUUUCAAACAGCAAAUUCAAAAAAUCAGGACGUACAAUCAUCUGCAUCUUACCGUAAAUCUCAAGCUGAAAAUCUACAUAAACGUAAAUUAUUGGAAACUGAACAUGAACGAAAUAUUAAUGUACCUAACCAAAAAGAAUCCUCUGAUCUUUCCACGGAAUUUAGUAAGAAUUCAAAUUCUUUAAAUUCGCAUACUAUGACUAAUAAAAAUAAGAUUACUGAGUCAGUUGAGUCUCCAUUUUCUAAAAAAUUACCCAAAACUAAAACAAAUACAUUAAAUAAAGGAUUACAGACUAGACUUGUAGAACAACGGGGACAGCAAAAAGGAAAACAUAACUUGACUAAAAUAUCACCAGCACAACAAAAGCAUUGUCAAGAUAGAGACAAAUUGCCGGGAACUAAAAAGACAUCUGAAAGUGUUCGGCAGGAAUGUAAAGAAGAUUUAAAUCAAGUAAUAAUAACUUCGGUUACAAAAACAAAUUCGUGUAUUAAAGAACAAAUAAUUCACGAUUCUUGUCGACCGCACCAACAAAAAUCAAUGGACAAAAUAAUUAGAUCACUCCCGUCAAAUAAAAGUAAAAAACCAGUCACAAGAGUUGACGUUGAAGAAUUGCGAUCUGUACAGUGGAAGGCGCCAUUGACACAGUGGAAUAAACGACCCAUCGCAUAUGAAGCGGUUAUUAAACAGAGAGAUCCAGUAAAAAGUAUAGAAAACAACUUGCAGAAUUCAACGACGGAAAAAGUAUUAACAUGCACAUCAGCCAAAUUUGAAGUUUCAAAUAACCAUCUGAAUGAUCAGCAAGAUAAAUUGCGAACGGAAAUUGAGCGAAAGAAACGUGAGCGAAUUAACAUGCAAAACAUGGUAUUUGAAUAUAAAAAACUUGUAGAUACCUUACCCCCAAAUAAACAAUUACAACAUAUGAUCCGAUUAAAACAGCACCUUCGGCCGUCAGGAAAUACAAUUGAAAAAACUACUCUCAAAAGUAAUCCGUCGGAAGAACAGCAACAACUGACUAUACCAUCAAAUAAUAGUUCUUGUAUAUUACUAAACGAUUCACCUUCCUUUGUACAUUUAUCUGACGAAAAUCAAGAAUCAAGAAUUGUAAAACAAAUAGGUAAUCUGUUGUUAAAAAUCAAGCAUCAGCAAGAAAAAAUGUACCGAAAGGUUAAUAUAUGUGACGACAUUAAAACAUCUAGUCCAGAAGUAGUAGUUUCCGAUAAAGUUAAUGUUGAUAUCUCGGUACAAAAUGAUCUAAAAAAUUGGAGUGACUUGUGGCCCGCAUAUGAAGACAAGCCAAAUCAUGAAGAAUUGAUGGAUGAUGAACAAAGGUUGCGCCGAACCCAAGAAUUAAUCGAUCAAUACUAUUCUUCUAAUACUGACAAUAAAUUAGUACGUUCGUUGGAUCAACAAAAACGAAGGCUUGGAAAGUAUGGGCGAGAACGACUUGAACGAGAGCUACCCGAGUAUCAGCAACUACGAACAAAACAAUUAAUGCAAUCGGAAACUUCAGCAACACUAAAUCAUACGAAACAAAAAAUAACACAAAAACGAAAAAUGUCACAGUAUACUCAAAAACAUUUACCAGAACGAAAAAGUUGUUUAGAAAAAUAUAAACGACUUGGACGAAUUGAGCAAUUGGAACAACAAAAACACCUUUUGGGACAUAAACAACCACUAGAUGAACAAACAGUUAAAAACAAACCGGAUCAAGACUCUGAUCUUGAGUGUACAUUUAUUCAACAGAAGCGGUCUCAGUACUGUUGGACCGUUGGUAAAUUUCGAGUAUCGCCAGCGUUAGGUUAUAACGAACAACUUCCACUACGUGAACAAUUGUUGCGUAGAAUCAUGAAAAAGAAAAACAUGCGGAUACUUAAAAUAGUACAACAGUCGCAACAAAAACCUAAGCGUCCCAAAUCCACUGGAAUUCCCGAAAUUACAACUAGGCCCAAGAUUAUACUGUCCGAAGAUACAUCUAAUAUAAAUACAAUGACAAAAAUGUAUAGAGGAUCUAAUCUUUGGUGGAUGAACAUAGGUUCGCAGCGGCAAAUAUCACCGUUAGUCACCGGCAGUGAGAAUCAAGAUGAUCUAGAACUUACGCUGAUAGCGAUGAUGCCAAUCGGCAAUUUAACACAGGUGACUAGAUCGCAAACAGCCACAAAGUUAGCAUCUGUCAUACACAUUCACCAAAAACGUAAUACGAUAUUUACUAAUAAAAGUAAGUUAAAAAAGUGGUUAUCACCACGUUUAUUAAAGAUGAUGACUAAUGUUGAAGAAAGGUGGUUGGGACAGUUGCAAACGAAGAUAUCGCAGCUUGAUCAACAAGUAGAACUACAUUGGAAAACCAUGUUAGAUAAGCAGGAACAACAAGUAAAAUUACUGCUGAAUUAUGAUAAACGCCUGCAAUGUGAAAAAGAAAAGAUGCGUUUAAGACGCGAAAGACGAAUACAGCAGUUAAAAAAAAGAACACCGUUUCAAGCGUUGCCUGUACACCAUCAGCAAGCACAUACAUCUCGGGCAGUUGGACAUAUGCGACAACAACAAUCAGAAAUACCAAUAAUUGUUAUUGAUGACGAUGAGCCAUUGAAUGAUACGAUAGUUGAUAGCUCAAAACGGGACUCACAUCCCUAUCCAGUGUUUAUUAAUGAUGACCUAUUGAAACACGAGUUAGAAACAAAAGUACUUUAUGAAGAUCAGCACAAAGGUAUCAGUAAUCGGUGGAAACAGUUAGAAGUCAUGCGUAAAGAACACCAACAAAAAUGGAAAUUUAAGCUAAAAAUGUUAUUUUCAUGUAAAGCAAAAAAUCGAAAAUUUUGUCGAGAACUUUAUGAGCGUUUGAUGAGUAAAAUAAAAAAUCCAAAUUUAAUUAUUGCUUUAGAACAGCUUAACGGAGGGGCUUUUAAACGUACGGAACAACAAUUUCGGCAACAAAUACGACCGUCUAAACCUCGUCCUAUGCAAGUUCAACCAAGAAUGUUACACCGGCAACAAGCUUCAUCUCAAAAGCAAGCCGUUAAAAACCACUCUAAGAAAUCAACAACUCAACAUAAAACUACAAUGCUAAGCAAAAAUUCAAAACAAAUUAUUAAUCAAGAACGAUCAACCCUUAAACAAGCUUUACAACGACGCCAUCUAAAUAAACAAGGAGAACAAAAAUUUAAAAAACAGCUACCACAAAAUCUUAACUAUUCUAAUAAAGACCAACCGAAAAAAUGUAAUAAAAAUCAAGAAUCAGUCAAUAUUCGACAACUGCGUAGUAAACGAACAAAUAAACUCCAAGUACAAAAAGAAUCUUUAGCAAAACAACAAAAACAACCUCCGUUAGGGCGAUUCAAAAAUGGUCAAAUGUUAACAAAAGUUAAGUCACCAGUUAUGAGUUCAAGACAUGUUUCCUUGUUACGAAAUAGAAUACUUGAGGUACAAUCGAAUCAUAAUAUACGACAACGGAAGAAAAUUCAGCAAUUGGUACCUAAGAAAGAUAUUACCUUUGAUGUAACGGAGAACCAAAUUCAGGAAUAUGAAAAACGAAAAAAUUCUACCAAGAUUCUUAGGACAAUGACUCUUUCACUAAAUAAUCAACGGUCUGCAUUGCAACGUCAACUGGAUAGAUUAAACGAAAAUCAUUUAGAUACAAUCGACAACCAAUUAGAACCAUCAGUUUCAAAGACAUUGAUAAUGUCUAUUCAACAACCAACUAUAACUUCAUUGAUAUUGCCACCACUACAUCCAUCAACUAUAAAACAACAAUCUUUGAUGUCUACCGUUACGUUAAGCCCACAACGACCAUUAGCGUCUAUAGAACAAUGUUCAACGUCUUCAGUAACAUUAAUUCCACAACUACCGAUACAACCGAAUCAAUCAAUCCCAUCAACAUCAGCACUGUCCCAACCGAGUCAAAAAAAGCAACUGUUGGAAGAAAAACGACAAGCUAUGAAACAACGGCUUUACAGAGUACAUAGCAAGCUAAAACCUUUAAUGGAAAUGUGGCAGCUUUCACUUCGGAUGCCUAGACAGUGGUUAUGGCAACAAUUAGAUGAUAUUGAGCAAUUGAGGCGAAAAGAAUUUUCAGUUGAAUCCAUGUUAGACUUGAGAUGUCCGAGUGGCCGACAGCAAACACAACAAAUACUUCAAAAUAAUGAAGUUUCAGUUAUGGCUUCUACUUCUAUGACCCAGUAUUCAUUGCAACAACUGCAACGAAUCCGUGAAUAUCUGAAUUGGCGACAACAACGAUUGCGCGAUUUAAUUGAAGACUUACUGAUAUUAAUUUGCCCAGAACAACAUCCUAUGUUGUCCGAAUCGACCCAGUUACCUUCAACUUGUUCUGUCUUGAUCAAACUACAACAACACCCGUCGAUGACAGAUUCAACUUAUUCAGCAUUAUUGAAUUUACGAUCCCCUUCGUCGUCAAAACAAACGCAACAACAAUUUUCGACCUAUUCAUUGUUACUUAAACUAAAACAACCAUUGUCGGUAAAUCAGCAGUCAUUAAUGUAUUCAACAUUAUUAAAACUUCAGCACCCGCCUAUACUAAAACAAAUUUUGUGUUCUCCGUCGAUAAUAACUACACAGCAAGAAUCAAUUACUUUGGUCUCAAAAAAAUUAACACACGAUCCUAUGAUUGGUAAUAAUGAACAAUAUUCGCACCAUCCUCAUGACCAAAUACAGGAAAAAAGACGGCUCAGUAGUGGAAAUGAAACUGAUAAUUGUUAUAAAAGACUUAAAUUAUGUACUAUAGAGAGGUCACCGUCUAAAGUAAUUAAUAAGCAACCAGUUAUUAAUUUGCCUUCUAAAAACACAGUCAUUGACAAAAAUAUUCCCACGAUUGAAAUUUUGGAUUCUGAUGAAGACGUGGAAAUAAUAGAUUCUGAUUCUAGCACAGAGUCAUCUAAUGAACCAAGUUUUGGUGUGCAAGUUUCAGAAAAAUCACCAUUAACUAUUAAAAUAAUAAAGAAAAAACCACUCUUGUGUUCAUCUACAAUGAACAAAGAUUUUAAAAAUAAAUCGGAUAUGGGUAACAUGAAUUCUGUUUUAAAAUUUAAAGAAAACAAAAUCAAUUUUAACUUACAUCAAGAUAUGAAAAAAACAAAGAAUGAAGAUUUAGAAGUUGAGAAAACAAUUUUAAUGGAAGUUAAAGGGAAAGAUUUCAAUAAGUCAAUGACAACUAAAGACAACGAUCAUAAAAAUCUUAUUAGUGAACAGGAAGAAAACAAUAAAGACUUAAUGAUAGAUAAAACGAUACAAAAGACUAUUGUUAGCAGACCAACACGGAUAGCUCUUCUUGUUAACAGACAAAAUGAAACAACUGCAGACAUUAACGAACCAACUGUUACUGUUAGCAGUAAUCAAAUGUUAAAGGUAGCAGUAGUUGAAUCAACAUCAUCAAUGAUUCCGAACAUCGGUAGCAAAAGUAUCAAGGUGACGCCCGAAGGAAGAAAUCCGAUAAAAAUAACAGAUAGUAUUCAGAACCCAUUACAUAAUGUAGAUAGGACAAUAUCAGUCAUAAGUAGAUUAACGGAGGCAGCAGUAGGAGUUAUUAGGAAAACCCCGAUAUUAGACUUGAACCAUCAGCCUUCAAUUAGCUGUAAAUCAUCAUCAAUUAAAACGCCUUUUGGAAAAUCAAAUAGUACAAUGGCAAAGCCAAUGGGCGAUUCCCAAACUAACAGCAAUAGUACUAAAAAUAUGGAAAAAAGUAAAGUUGUUACGACAAACCUUCGUCGUCGAAUUAGCGCACUUACACUUUCGAAGACUGUACGGCGACGUCGACGCUUAAAUCGCACUAUUUCAUUGGAAACUCGUGGACCAGCAGUUCCUACGUUCCGUGACCACGGAUUUGCUCAAGGUACCAUUGAACGAGUAGUUCACGAGAGGUUCGUAACAACUAUAAUGACAAUGUCAGCUGCACACACUAUCGCGUCGUAUUUACCUCCACGAUUUCCACGAAUCCCAUUCGAUUAUGAUGCAAUGAGUCAAUAUAACGUCAAUGUGUUUUCUACGGCAAAAGGAAAUAAGAACGACGUACACAACGCAUAUAAUAAUCAAGAUAUUAAAUCAGUCAACACACCGGCAACACUAUCUGCUGUCAUGGGUUGGUUAGAGAAAACUGUAGAGACCUCCUCAAACUUUUCAUGUGGUAACAAACACCUUUGGAAUGGUUGUGCACGGACAACUGGUUCAACUUUAAUGACUUUAACCAAGGUUGUCAAAGAAGGUAUAUCACGAAAUAAUGCCAUUCGAUCGCGUGCUACUACUUCGUCUCAUAUGUCCGCGGAAGUGAAAACACCGACUACCAUACCAGCACGACCAUCGAAGUCAACAAGAAAAAAGUCUAUACCUGUCGUUACAAAAUCGUCAAAAAGGUCUAAUUCACAAACUUCCACUGCAACACCAUUGAAGACUAUGGCUACAUGUAACGUUUCUAUUCCAUCGAUCAAAAAUGUGACAGAGUCGACAUCAUCUUCGUUAUCAGUUGGGUUUCAAAAUAGAUCCAAGUCAGCCAUAGGGGUGGCCAAUGUUAAUAAGCAACAAAAAUCACAGUCAACUAAAAGAUCAGCGUCAGUUGCGUUUUCACCCGAAUCACUUCUCACAUCUCAAAAAACAACAAGCAUUAUGGUGCCACCACUAGGAAAAAGAGGAUCAACAAUAGUUGCCCAACCGAACAAGAAAUCUAAAUCAGCAGUUAUCGAUCAAUCACUGACUUUAACAAAACCGGGUCCUCGUGAAGAAGAGCGUAGGUCUAUUAAACGAUCUGCAUCAGUGGCGGAAUAUGUCUCUCCAUCCACAACUAGUAAUAUGUCGAAAUUGUCACCUUCAGCAAUCAAACCUCCCAAGAGAUCCAAAUCAGCCGUAGUAAUUACACCUGCAACAAUGACAGCUUCUGCGUCUAGCAAUAAUUUCAUACGAUCAAUACCGGCCAAAAGUUCUGCAUCGAUGAUAUUGUCAUCACCUACCGCCAUACAAACCAACAAAUUCAAUUCGAAAGUUAUGACAUCACCAUCAUCCAUUAAAAACCUCAAUGCUACUGUACCAGGACCUAGAGUAUCAAGAACAUUAAACAUUUUAAAAACAACGCCUCCUUCAUCAAUGUCGGCAACCACAUCGAAUGACACAAAAAAUAGUAUACUCACCAACUCGGUUAUUGAAACCAGUGACGAAAGUAACACCAUUCAUGAGAAAACAACAACGAUCACAGAAGAAGAGCAGCGUACUGUGACUGUAACGCGAACUUUGUGUCCUACUAUUCCAGCACCGAUGGAUGUAACUGCCGACGCGUGCACUCUUGUAAAAGCUGCAUGUGAGCAAUUUAUCAAAGCCAUGGUGAUGGAACGGCAUUUGAAGGCUGGUCGCGGUGCCGGCACGAUUCAACUUCACCGUCGAGACGCAUACGCGGCGGCUAUAGCAGUUGACGAUGACAUUCGACCAUUCCCAGAUUAUUGUCGGACACCGUCCAUCGGAACGACGUUCGUUAAACCGGUAAUAUCGACGCCCAGUCAAGGAGAAAACAAUGUAGAAAAGGGGUCAGCAUUUGAACAGAAAUCUAUCGUUACUGAUAGUAGAUGUAAUGACAAAUCAAUUGUUAUUAUGAUGGAUAAACCGGACAACAAUAACGAAAGACGGGCUGUAUCGAAACAACAAUCAAUUAUCGUUGACAGUAAGUCAAAUAACAAAUUAUCUGUACUGACGGUCAAAACGGUCAUCGAAACACAGACAACUUCUUCCACGACGACUACGAUCAAUAAACUGCAAUGCCCAACGUCCAUUACUAACGUUUACGCGACAAAAACGAGAUCAUUGAUCGAAGGUACUUCGGCCAGAACAAGAGGAGUGAUGGCAUUGAAAAAGACGAAGAGUUCUGCGUUCAGUCCAGAAAAAAUGAUUCCGUUAAUUACCGAAAAACCGACGACCAGUGAUCAGUUAUCAUUAGAUCCAAUAGCCGCCAAAAAUCAGACAAUGAGUUCUCUGCCAAUUAUCGUACCUGAAACAGCAAAACCUCCGGCUCCCGUCAGUGAUGUCACGGAAGUCCUCACCAAGACGUUACCUGUUUCGACACCAGAGCUGUUGCCCGAAGCCACGUUAACUUUUAAAACUUCCACAUCAACUCGUGGAUUUUUCGUAGAACGCGGUAGACCUUUGUUACGUCCCGCUUUCAAUCGGCGUCAGCCGUUCGGCACGCUGGUGGCUACCUGUACCAUGGCAGCCAAGGAUACAACUGCCGUUAACGACACAUACUUUUCAAAUGACUGCAGCCAAAAUUUGGAUACCAAAGCUCAUUCGCCAAACAACAAUUCCUCUACCGAUGCUUGGGGCUGUUAUUUUGGAAAUCAACAAAUGUUACCGCCCGCCAGCAGAUUGAACAAUUUCUUGAAUAUCGAUUACAAAUCUGUGGUGCCAUCAUCCGAAAACCAAGAUAGAGGAGAUGGCGACGGCGACGACAAUGGCGACACCGACACCGCCCACAUAGUACCGUCUAAUGCACCAACAAAACCGCCGCACGGCAUUGUGAAGACAAAUGGCAAUAGUGCUCAAGAGGAGUUGUCGUUGGCAAACAGUCGACAGCAACUAUUGUUCAUAGAGAUCGCUCGUCAGCAACAGUUCACGAAGCAGCUGGAGCAUGAGAUGAAACGGCGUGUCCAAAAAUACCAAAACCGGGAACCUGACCCAGAGGAAGUGUACUAUCAAAAGUUCCUGAAACUGCAAUUCGGCUCAAAAAAUACACCACCGGAGCCGCCAUUAUUGCGACCCUCCCCAAACAGCCACAGUCGUUACAGUUUGAUAAGUUGGUAAAAUUUGAUUGAUUGCUCGCGAUGCGCUUUGAGUACAUGACAAAAGUAGGUAUCCUUAGAAAUUAAUUUACUUCUACUAUGUGCUCUUUAAACUACCUUUUUUCAUUCCAUUGUUUACUGUUUUUAUGCAGGUGCUUUGACUGAAUAUUUUUUUUUUUUUAAUUAUGUAAAAUAGUAUAUCGGUAUUAUAUUCUUCUUUGUAUAUCGACAUUACAAUGUUUUUUUUUUAAUAACUACUAUUAAAUUUAUUUGCGGCAAAUGAUUUAAAAAUCACAUAUAUUAUA